AUGAACGGUCUUGAAAUAAAUCUAAGUGAUAAUACUUUAGUAGGGUGCCUUCGAGAACUUGUUGAAAAUGAUUACCUUGAAAAUCAUUUAAUACCAACACUGGGAAUAUUUGUGAAUGCAAACGAAUCAAUGGAAAACACAUGGAUUUUCAAUGAUAUAAUUGAUAGAUUUCUUGCAAAAACAAAUAAUGUUAGUCAAGUGGAUCUAUCAGGAGUUUCGACAUUAAAUCAUUUAAUUCAAAAUAAUAUACUUUUUGUUGAUUCUGCCAAAGCAUUUAAUCGCCUUGUUGAGAGAAUUCGAAGACAAUCGUGGGAUUCUACGGGAGCGUAUCAAAAGUACUUCGUGGUAUUGUCAAACGUACAGCACAAUAAAUUGACUAUUGUCCGGGAAAUUCUCCAAAUGUGCUUGGAGAAAUUAAUUGCCGCUAUAAAUGUGAUUGUCGAGGAUCAGCAACCAAUCAUAAAUGUUUACACCUACUUUCCCUUUACUCCAACUAGUUGCAGAAAUAGCAGACCAGUGAUAUACAAUCGUUUCGUAAAUGGUCAACUAGAAUGGAAGAAGUCCACUUUUCCAAGAAAGACUAGAAAUUUGUGGAAGUGCACUCUUAAGGCAAUAAUAUGGGAUACCCAUCCCUUUAUAAACAUUGGCAAAAAAGACAUUGAAGGCAUAGAAGUAGCACUUAUUAAUGCUUUUGCUGAUACAAUGAACUUUACAAUAAAAUGGGUCAUUUCGCCAAAUAAAAGGGGAGACAUUUCUGGAAAUGGAUCAUUAGAAAAUGCUUACAAAAUGUUGGGCGAAGGCGAAGGGGAUUUUAAUUUCGCAGGAAAUUUGUGCACCCCACGAAGACGCACAUUUUUAGCUAGCACAAAGGAGUACUUCACUUCGACGCUAAACAUCCUCUUAAAAUCUCCAAAGAGCUACAGUUCCUUGGAAUUAUUACUGAUUCCUUUUGAAUUAUCAACUUGGCCGAACCUGCAAACACAUUCAUCAGUCUCAUCGCACAAGUGGUUCCAACAGAAUGGUGCAACAGAGUACACGGCUAAAGAUGCGAUGAAUUUGCUUAGGGAAGCUUUAACUCAAAAACUUAUCAGUCGCUUUGGGGAAAUCCAGUGGCCACCGAGGUCCCCCGACUUAACCCCAUUGAAUUGUUUUGUAUGUGGCCAACUUAAAGAGAAAGUUAAGAGUUACAAUAACGCAAUUGAAUAA